UUUUAAGAGCAUCAGUGUGCAAUGUGUAUGUAAAGUUUUACCGUAUAAAUAUAAAUCAAAAUGCGUCGCAGAGGGGUUGGAGCAAGUGCCAUCACUAAGAAGAAGUUAGAAGCAGUGAGAUACAAGGAGCAUGGCAAUGAACUUGCUAUGAUACAACUUGACCAACUAAGUGGGCAACUGGAGACUUUUCAUUCUCACUUGGAAAAGUUUGCUGCAAACCAUAAGCAGGAGAUUCGUAAAAAUCCGCAAUUUCGUCGCCAGUUCCAACAGAUGUGCGCGACUAUUGGUGUGGAUCCUUUGGCAUCGGGUAAAGGAUUCUGGUCAGAGAUGUUGGGGGUUGGAGACUUCUAUUAUGAACUUGGAGUGCAGUUAGUAGAAAUUUGCAUCACAACACGGCCACAAAAUGGAGGAAUUAUCGCUAUUACUGAGCUGCAUCAAAAACUGAUGAAAACGAGAGGAAAAUACGCUCAAGAUGUUUCUAUAGAUGAUGUAAGAACAGCACUGUCAAAAUUGAAACUGCUUGGAACCGGUUUCACCCUGUUGGGAACCGGUUUAAAGCAGAUUGUAAAGUCUGUGCCAGGGGAACUUAACAUGGACCACUCAGCUAUUUUAGAACUUGCGCAGAAGAGCAAUGGAAAAGUUUCUCAUGCAGAUGUAAAGUCUGUGUAUAACUGGCAACCUGAACGUGUUCAAGAUGUAUUAGAACAUCUAACUAAGGAAGGAAUGGCUUGGGUUGAUACACAGACACCAAACAAAGAAACUUGGUAUUGGUUCCCAGCUUUAUUUGGUGUUGGGAAUAAUAAAUAGGAAUAUAACCAUGUCUUAUUGUACUUGUAUUAUGUUCGAUUUAAAUUUUCAGAAAAUGUAAUAUCAUUGUCUUACAAGCGAUUUAGCGAAUUGCAUUUUAUUUGUCACUUCUGGUUUAUUUCAUCAUGUAUUGCUUGGCCUAUUGUUUUUGUUAGUAUAGCAAUUAUGUCCGUAAGUCAUUCUAAAGUGCUAUAUUAUAUAAAGGUCUUAUAUGAAACAUUAAUAAUGAAGUAUAUGCUUUAUAAUUCUAUUUCUUUUCUUGUUUCAGA